AUGGCAUCCCUAGCCCCCAUCAUCCCUCCUAUCCUCCUUCUCUACACGGCACCAUGCCGUGCGCAAGGCCUAGGCGAACACGAUACCCCCGUACCAGAGGACUUCCCCAAAGCAUUCAUCACCGCCAUGGCCGUGGCCAUCGUCAGCGUGGUGCUGCUGCUCACGCUAGUCUGCGUGCUCGCCCACUCCUGGCAGUACAUCCUAUGCCGGCACGGGCGGGCGACGUCCUCGGGUGUGCCAGAGCGCUGGUUCGGCCCAGUAUUCGAGUGGCCGCAGCAGCUGCGCCCGCUGUCGAGGAGUAGUUACAGGCAGAGGAGGAAGAACCGCCGACGGCUGCGGGACAGGAUUAGGAUGAGGAUGGGAUGGGGGGAUAAAGGGGUGGUGGGUGUGGGUAUGGAUGUGGGUGUGGGACAAGCAGAGAGGGCAGACCUGGUGGUGGGAGGGGGGAGCCGUAAUAUGGGCUGGUAA